CCACAAUCGUAAUAAUCAUUCCGUGUCAGGCUGUGCCUUGUAUCAUACUCAUAUCUUUUGAUUUGGGUUCAUCCAGAUCUUUCUAUCGCGAUGACAGAGACGAAGCAUCACGUCAGCUUUCUCGUUGGGCAUCGGUGCUUUCCUCAAGCUUCAGCUCGCGGGCACCGUUCCUGGUGUCUAUACGUUGACGUCGUGCCCAAAGACAUCAAAUUGAUCAACCAAGUUGAGUUUCACGAGCAUGGAUUGCUUCGUUCGUCGCCGCUAGCCAUCUGCUGCACUCCUCGUCGAUUCUCAGACCGACACAGUUCGGAUUGGUUUUAUAGAUUCAAGACGGAACAGGAAACGCUUGGCGAGAAGUUUAUGGUCGUCAGAAUCGUAGCAAAGAAUGGAACCACAGCCGAGGAACUUCACUACAUAUCAUUUAGCAAGAAUCAGGAGCAACCCUUAUCAUCAAUGGCAUUGAAAUCGAAGAACCGAACGACAGGGCGACAUACCAUUGUCCCUGUCUCCAACCGCUUGACAUUUGGGGUUGAGUUGGAAUUAAGUGAUGGCAACGGUGCAAGCCGAGGCGCCAUUGCCAAUGUCAUUCAGAGACGUACGGCAACGGAAGUGGCGGUUGUUCGAUCGUACGAAGAAGCGCAUAAGCCUGUACCCACUUGGAAGUUGGUUCGUGAUGGAAGCAUUGCAUGCAACCGAAAUGCCCCUGCUUGCAGCAAGUUCGAGUUGGUAUCUCCAAUUCUCCUUGGAGAAGAAGGUCUUGAAGAAUGCUACAACGUUCUGAAAGCGCUGAGUGCCUCGAAGUCGGUCAGCAUCUCGGUCAACAAGAGCAUGGGCUUCCACGUCCAUGUCUCAGUGGCGGGAUACAAGCUUCCAAAACUAAAAAAGAUAUGCCAGAACUUUGUCAAAUACGAAGAUGGGAUCGAUGCUCUGAUGGCGCCAAGUCGUCGAACAAGAGGCUCGGCAAGCAAUAGUUACUGUAUGAGUUGCAAGGCGUCCAUCAGGAACCCUUGCGGUACACUGGCACAGCUCAACGGGGGACGCCAUCGCGCCAUUGAAUCCUGUACAACUGUGGAACAGUUGUGCGAGAAAAUGAACCCCGAGGGAAGGUAUUACAAACUCAACCUGCAGAAUCUGGUGACAAAGCGCCAAGCGACCAUUGAGUUUCGACAACAUGCCGCAACAUCCAACUCGAUGAAGGUGAUUGCGUGGGUUCGUUUUUGUGUUGCAUUCGUCCGCAACUCAGCACGAGGAGAGAUUCCAGUGUAUCGUCGAAAAGACUUUGGUGCUGACGAACAGUUUGAUGAGCUGUUUCAGGCGGUUAUCAAAGACCCGGUUCUCGAAGAACAUUUCCUCAGUCGUCGAGAAGAGCUUGGACGGAGGAAAUCCGGCAGUCGCCGACCUGGCCAAAUCGAAUCAUGCUGCAGCGGUUGCGCCCAUGGCCACUCUUGUGCAGGUGCAGGACGAGGACACUAGCAAGUACCCAAUGACUGGCGAAGCUAAACGAUAAACGAUGCGAGAUUCGCAAAGGAAGCAAGUGGAAUGACAAAGAAACAGAGAGAACAACAUACAUGUAAUAUGCAUAAUCGUAGACUGAAAGUUCCAGAUUGGCAGGAGAGGCAAGGAUGAAUCGAGUGCAUACAGAAGAUUAAGCUACGGAAAUAAAUAAG